UGCUAAGGUUACUACCGAUCUGACUCAUUCAUUCAUAGACUCGCAUUCGCUGUGGGCGAAGUUACGGUCGGGUUUCCUGCAUGUUGCGUUGGAAGGUGAGCGUUGGAAGUUUUUGUGUGUCCUCUUCGUUAGUGAGGUGCUUGUGUUGUGCUCGGCAAUUAUGAUUAGUUGCUUCUUGGGUACGGAAGGGAAACGUGACAGGAAGGAGUCCCUGUGCUCCAGUGAAGGAGUGUUCACGUGUCCGGAAGACAAUUUGCCACUAGAUUAUGCAAAGAUCUAUCCGGAUCCUGAUGCAGAGGUUGCUAUAAUGGGCUCCAUGGUGUACUGUAUCCAUUACAAAGAAGGGGUAAAUGGGUCAGAUGAACUCCGAAAACUUCAGGGUCAUCUUAAUAUGUGUAAGUUCGAUGCCAUUCCAUGUACCAACCAUUGUGGCGCAAUGAUUCCCAGGUUACUUAUGGAAGACCAUCUCCUGUACACUUGCCCUAAAAGAAGGACACGAUGUGAAUACUGCGCGCGGGAUUUCACCGGUGAAACACUCGAGAAUCAUGUGGGCAGUUGCCAGUUGGAACCCAUCUACUGUGAAAACAAAUGUGGUUCGAAACUUCAACGAAGACACCACAGCAACCACCGACUGCACGAGUGCACAAAGAGGCUGAUUCCCUGCAGAUACUGUCAGAAAGAAUUCGUCUUCGAUACGUUACAGAUUCACACAGCGAAAUGUCCCCGUCUUCCUGUGUCAUGCCCCAACAGGUGUGAAGUUCUGAAAAUAGCCAAAGAAGACUUAGAGUCUCACCUCAACGAGCAUUGCUCGGCCCUCACCCUCUCUUGUGCCUUCAAAGAUGUAGGCUGCAAAUUCAAAGGCAGCCGUUCAUCUAUGGAUACACACUUAGAGGAUGCCAGCAAAUCUCACCUAGUAUUAGUCUGUGGUCUAGUCUCCAGGCAACAACAUCAAAUCACAGCUCUGCGUUCUGCGUUGCAAAGUCUAACUCUUAACACCUCUGGAACUUUGUUAUGGAAAAUCAAUGACUAUACCAGACGCGUGAGCGAGGCCAGAGAUGGAUAUGAACUGUGCAGUACGCCCUUCUACACCAGCCAGCAUGGCUACAAACUCAUGGCCACUCUCUUCCUCAAUGGGAACGGAGCUGGCGAAGGCACACACUUAUCCAUUUACAUCAAAAUAUUGCCAGGGGAGUACGAUGCCCUACUACCAUGGCCUUUCAGCCAUACUGUGACUUUCAUUUUGUAUGACCAAGUACCUGUUGGUGAAGCUGCGACCAAUGUGAUCGAAAGUUUUGUGCCCGACCCCACUUGGAAAAAUUUUCAAAGACCGAGUAAAGAACCUGAUGCGCUUGGUUUCGGAUUCCCUCGGUUUGUGUCCCAUGAAGCUCUGAAGAAAAGACAUUACGUAAAAGACGAUGUAAUGUUCAUCAAAGUUAAAGUGGAUGCGAGUAAAAUCAUAGCAGUAUAACGUGUUUCAUAUUUUAUGUGGGGAAAAAAAAUUUUUUUUUUCCUCUCCAAAGUUUAAUUUUGACGUUUUCAUUUUGAA